AUGAAUGGAUCUUAUGAGAUUCCACCAAACGUUGACUGGAGAUUGAAGAGACCUUCAAAAUCAAUGUGGCUGUGGAUCUUGUUGGCUUUUUCUGCCGUGACAGCUGUUGAAGGCAUUCUUAAAAUCAGUGGUGGCCCUUUGAUCUCACUUUCGCGGCAACAACUAGUUGACUGUGAUGAUCUCAACUAUGGGUGUGAAUAUGGCAAUAUAAGCACUGCGUUUAAAUAUAUAAUUAAAAAUAAGGGUCUAGUUGAAGGUGAGGAAUAUCCAUAUGAAUCAGUGAAAGGCACCUGUCGUAGUUCUGGAUUUAAAAGUCAUAGUCCAAUAAGUGACUAUCAUAGAGUAGUGCCGAGUGAAAGUUACCUCCAACAGGCUGUGGCAAAACAACUUGUCUCGGGUUCUGGGUUUCACUUCCGAAUCAACUAUUUCCUUCGCUAA